CCUGCCACCAACAUAAACGCCGUUGUUUGCGUCCAUCUGCAGAGGCCUCAGUACCCAGUCACCCCUCCAGCUGCCAUCAUCGCGUUGCCCAGAUCAGCCAUACACGACAAUCGCAUCCGGCGCAUUCCGCAUCAACCAUGUCCUCUAUUGGCCCCCAGCUGCCACCACAUCUUCAAAAGCGACGGCGCACUCCAGACCAAGACGACGAUGCUAGAGAGACAAAGCGUCAGUACGGGCCAGGCUCGCCGCCGCCAGCAAAGGUAGCCCGCAUCGAAGCACCCACAUCAAACAAAGACGAAAUCGAUCUCGACAACGGCAGCGACUCGGACGAUGGGUUUGGGCCGAUACUUCCGCCAGCAGGUCCCGCGCCGGCCCCUACGACGAGGUCGAUUGGCCCGACGAUGCCUCCCAGGCCACCACCAGCCAACGAGCACGAGGUAUCUCUAGACGACGAUGACGACGACGAUAGCGACACAGGCCCAGCGCCGCCCGCACCGCGACCAUCCACAGUAGGAGCAGCAGCACAAGCGCCGCCCGCACAAGCUCAACCACAGCCACACCCACCAACAAGAAGGAACUUCGGUCCAGCACCACCACCAGCCUCCCUCUCGGAACGGCCCGACCACGGCGACGCCGAGUCAUCAUCCUCAGAAGACUCAGAUAGCGACGACGGCUACGGGCCCGCCCUGGCGACGUCAUCUUCGCAUAGGGCCCGCGCAGCAGCCGCGUCGGCGCAGGCGAGCAUCCGCGCCGCCGAGGACGCAGCAGCCGGGCCCAAGCGCGACGACUGGAUGCUCGCGCCCCCGCCGGGCGGCGGCGUGUUCCAGGAGAGCGACCCGACGAAGCUCAAGGCGCGCAAGUUCAACUCUGGCCCGCGCGCGGGCGCCACUGCCGCGGCCUCCACCGCGGCCGCGAACGGGCCGAGCAACAUCUGGACGGAGACGCCCGAGGAGAAGCGCAAGAGGCUCCAGGACGCCGUGCUGGGCCGCGGCGGCGGCGGCGACACCACCUCUGCAAAGAGCCGGAGCAGCGGUAGUGGGGGACCCGGUGCUGGGUCGUCGGGCGCGGGAGCAGGACCAUCCAAGAACGCCGAGGCAGAAGAGGCCCGCAAGCGGCAGAUCGAGGCCUACACCGCGGCGGUCCGCGGGAAGAGCCUGUACGAGGAGCACCAGGCCACAAAGGGCGGUAGAGGCGGCAAGAUCGAGGAGGAGGAAGACGACCCGAGCAAGCGCGCGUUUGACCGCGAGAAGGACAUGAAAAUUGCCGGCAAGAUCGGCACGGCCCAGAGAAGGGAACUGCUGAACAAGGCCGCCGACUUUGGCGGCCGGUUUGCAAAGGGCAAGUUUCUGUAGAUAUGGUUCCAUGCUGUCCAAACUGUACCAGACGAGCUAGAAGUCGCCUUUUAGAGAUCUAAAAAACGGAACUACAAGACGUGUCAUUACCCGCAAAGUCACCGCACGUGCCUGGCUGUAUAC